AUGAAACCCUCAACAUCCAUCCUCGCUCUUUCUUCCUUAGCUUCUCUCGCCACAGCAACCAUUAACGUCACAUACCACCCAACCGUCGGCGAGUCCGUCCACCCUGGAGCAGAAGUCCGCGUCCUCUGGGACCAAGAUAAACUCAUGGACCUAUCCCUCCAACUCGUCAAGAAAGACGAAAAAUUUCCUCUUGGCUUCAGCUGGAUCAGGUCUGAUUGGAUGAAACUAAGAUUGGGGCCUGGGCAUGCGGAAUACGUGUUUUGGGAUGUGCCUAGGGUUGAUCCCAAGGGGGAGUAUGCUUUCUACAUUGAAGGCUUUGAUGUUGAUUCUGAAUAUGGUUUUCAUAUGAUUGAUAAUGGGACUUCGGAGUGGUUUUCUGUCGCUAAGUGGACACCUCCCAAGCAUGAAGACUCGAAGGUUUGA